AUGUCUGAUUUGGAUCAGGACAUCGCUCCUAUCCCCCGUUCGCGGGAGGAGAAUCAGGAACGCGCUUUCAUCGCUGCUUCGCGGCGCAAAGAUCGCAGUCUUGAUGCGCGCUUAGAGUCUGCAAACCGGGCUUCCCAGUUGCAUAAGAAGCGCACUGGCAAAGCUUUCCACAUCACCAAGGAGAUCGUGGAAAAAGAAGCCAUGUAUGAAGAGGUCGACGAACGCUACCAAGAGAAGCGUAUUCGAAUGCUACAAGCUCAGAACUACCAGAUAGAAGAGCAGUUUCACCGCCACCUGCUGGCUGCUUUCGCCGCUCGAACCAAUAGCGCUAGCUCAAAUGCUUCAUCUAUUGCUAGCCGACGAGCAAGUCUGACACCCCGUGCUUCUAUUGACGGAGCUGCCUCAUCACGUAAAAUGAGCUUGGAUCUAUCUAACUUGCGCUCACCUUUCCAACAAGGCAUGGAUUCUGGCUCUUUCGCCAGUCCAGCCAUGACCAAUCACGAUGGCUACCUCCUCUCACCAACAACCAAUUCUUUUGAUGCGGGUGCACAGUCAUACAUGACCCCAUCCGAUCACUUAGAGGGUAGUCCUUACUCCAACAUGAUGACAACUGCCGCGCACUCUGCUCAAGUGCCAGCCUAUGUCACCCAAACACCCACACCGGCCUGGAACCAACAUAUGGCAACGAUGCCUUCCUGGCCAAUGCAACAGCACGUUCCAACCCCCAACCACACACCUUCUGAAUCUCACGCCGUGCAUAUGUGGCAGCAACAAAUGAUGCAGCAGGCCCAUAUGUCCAAUGAUCCAAUGCAAUCUUUACAAUUUAGAGACAGACUCUGUUCUGCCCCAGAAGGCUCCAGCACCCAUGUCACUCAUCCUGCGACUUCUGCAUCCAUUUCAGGCCCCAGCAGCGGUCACUCCCGUGGGCGCUCUCAGCCUACCAACAAUUUCCACAACCUACACCUUCUUACGCAGAGUACCUAUCUUGCACAGACCCGCUUGGCGGGCCAAUCCAGUAAUAGCUCCCCGAGAAUCGAGGCCUUAUCUGCGGAGACCCAGUCUACACCCGAAUUUUGCCCUACGCCCAACACCCCUCUCUCCCCGAUGGCAGUGGGUCCCACCCAGACUGUCAAGCAGGAAGGGGAGGAAGUUAUGGUUUCAGUGCCCCAUCAAGAGCUAGAUCCGGACUUCGAUGAGUUCAGUCAGUUUGCUCUGGGAUUGGACGGUAACUCGUCUCUCCAGGAGCGGGAUGCGAUAGGGUUCGACGAACUUUUCACCAUCGAUGAAUUUGCUACCGUCUCGUGCUGA